UCCAAUCCACUUUACAGAGCAAAGAAAGCUCGCCUCAAGCCCAUUUCCUUUCUUCGUCACGCAACGACCCUGUCCAAAGUCUCGUAGACUCUCUCAGCAAUCCUUCCACGGCAACCUUUAGGUGUCCCGUUUCCCCAAAGCCAGCUACAUUAGGACAUCCAUUCCCGCAACGUCGCAGCCCCUCGGCCUUACACAGUCACGAUCCCCGCGUUACUUACGCUUCUCGCGGCUCGUAGAACUACCACUCCUUUCCCCUAAACUCCCGACGGGUCGGGACGAGUUCCUCAACCCCGAGCAGAGACCCUUGUCGCGUGGAAGUAGUUUUUGGAGUUCCGUAGUAGUUACUUGUUCGAGAUGACUAUCUAUAUGCGGGAAGAUGUGCAGUUCGUGAAGCCGAACGCGAGAAAGCAUCCACAGCGGUCUAGCAUACAGCAUUGGCAGUUGCGGGACUUGAUCGCCUGUCCCACAUCAAAGUCGGAGUUCAUAUACGUGAAUCAAAACAAUGUGUACUCCUAUAACACCGAGCAAAAGCAGGUCACACCCGUUCUGAAAGAUCUAGGGUUCUCUCCGACCUCCAUAACAACGGGGCAAGGCUUUCUUGCAGCCGGUGGGCCACGAAGCCAACUGAUGGUCCGCCAGCUCUCUAGCAACUGGUGUGCACAGACCACCGUAGGCGGCGCAAUCAACAACGCCAUGUCUAUAUCACAACAUUUGGGAGGGACCCGGCUGCUUAUCUGCAACAAUGACGAGACGAUCAAAGUGUACUCGCUCCCAGGCAUGCAGCGGGUACAUACGAUCCAGCUUCCGACACCCGUGAACUACGCAGCUGUGAGUCCUGAUGGACGGAAGAUGAUUGCUGUGGGGGAUUCGCCACAGGUGUUUCUCUAUGAUAUCUCGGCGUCCGACUCGUACUCGAAGAUCGCCACGCUGACAGCAUCAACCGACGCUGGCUUCUCAUGCGCAUGGAAUCAAUCGUCCGAACGAUUCGCAGUGGCGAGUCAGGACGGAUACGUCAGUAUAUGGGAUAUCCGCAGCACAGAGAAGAUUGCCAAGCUGGGGUCCAAGCAAAAUCCACAAGUGAAAGGAGCUUGUCGAUCCGUCAAGUUCUCGCCAACCGGGUCGAUAGACCUUCUGCUGUACAGCGAGCACAUGUCAUAUGUGAACGUUGUCGACGCCCGCAGUUUCAACGAACGCCAAACGAUCCGCGUCGCCCCAUCUUCUAGCGAUCAGCACAUCUCUGGCAUAUGCUUCUCGCCUUGCAGUAAGACAAUAUUCGUUGGUGAGUCUUUUGUGUGUCAGCGAAACAUGGACGUUCCUUUUCAUGAUUUGAGCGGCUACCUAACAACCCAUUCUACGCCUGGUGUAGGGAUGGAAAGCAACGUAUGGGAGUUCAACGUGGAUACAAUCAACCGGAGAUGUUUCCCAGAAGGGUCCAUCAUCUGAUUUCCAUGCUUGAUCCUCCCGACUCCCCUUCUUCUUUCUUGGCACCUACAUAUACCCCUUCCCAACAACCCUCUACGAAAAAAUUUUGUCCUUUCUAUGUUAUUGAGCGACUCCCCCUGGUGGGGUCAUGUUUUGGCGUUUUUGUUUCCCCCAACGUAACCGCUUGGUCCCUUUCCCCUGAUGCGUUUCUUCCAUUAAUGUUAAGGGCUACUAGUUUGCAAGGUUCUCAUCGAAACCCACUGCGGG